AUGUUCGAUAUCGACUGGGUGGGCCUCGCCCUCCCCUUUGCCUACCUGAUGGUCCUCGGAGGCGCUCUCAUGACUUUUUCGACCAUUUACCGCAAGAGAAAGGCCGCCGAAAGCGCCAACCUGGCUCCCUGGUUCGGUCCCAAUCUCCAGCGCAAUGUAUACCUCUCCCUCCUGCACAUGGACCCCGAAGACGGCAAUCAGAAAUCCCCCCGCGUCCCCGAUAGCGUGCUCAAGGCCGCCCUCCUACGGCGUGCCGUCGAGGACAUCGAUCGUUUGAUCCAAAUCAAGUCGGCGAAACAGGCGUGUAGCUCUCUGCUCCUGCGCGGCAGCGUGGGCGAUGAUUUGUGGCAGAGGUUCCAGCGUGCCGAGAAGGAGAUGGAGGAAGAGUUGCGAGACGUAGUCACCGAGGCUAAUGCCCUCGCACCAAACUGGGGUCCGACAAUCUUCCAAUCUGCCCACGAAAUCGCCGCCAACACCCGUCUCCGUGCAUCCCUAGGCGAAAUCGAGGCCCAAAAAGCCGCUGAAAAGGCGUGGUGGGAGAAGCGCCGUGGCCAGAUCCAGUCCGAAUUCAUGAAAGAACUAGACGAGUCGGAGAAGAGCUCGACCAGGGAUGGAGCCAGCGAGGAUGAUGCUGUGCUCGUGGAUACACCGUCCAAGGGGAAGAAAGGCAAAAAAUAA